CUAACUGUGGGCUGUGUGGAGCACAAGGAGAAGGAGGCAGAGCUGUCCCAGCCUGGGGCAAUUUCAAUGAAACUGCAGGAAGAUGGGGAGGGAAGAUAUUAAAUGUCCCACUGAAACACGCAGCAAAAUCCCUUGUUCCUAAUGGGAGAAGACAAACGAAUCCCUCAGCUGAACGGGCUGCGGGAGGAAGGCGAAGAGGUGCAGCAGUGGGUCCUCCAGGCCUACAGAAGGAGCCGACUCUGCAGCUAGCGGCUGCUCGGCGGCUUCCUUUCUCCGCUCGAGUUUGGGAGCGGGCUGGUCCGGCGCAGCGAGGCUGCGCUAAGUGUGAGCCGCCAGGAAGAGCAGGGGCCGGGGCAGCAGCGGCUCCAGCACCCGCACCCGCAGGCUCGGCUCGGCGCUGCGUGGGGCUCCCCAGACAUGUUCAACCAGCAGCAGUUCCAGCUGCUGCAGCUCCAGCACCUCCUCCAGCAACAGCAGCAGCACCCCUCGCAACAGGGAGGCCGGGGUUUGCCACCACAACAGCAACAGAUGCUGAAUUUACGGGCAACGAAUCAAGCAUCGCUCCUCAAUGCCAAUCCAAUGCUUCACCGAGCUCUGCUCAUGCAACAGAUGCAAGGAAACUUACGAGGAUUUAACAUGACAGCCCCAGCUCUGCAACAGUUUUUCCCUCAGGCUACAAGACAUUCCCUUUUGGGGCCACCACCUGUCGGGGUCUCAUUAAAGCCCGCACAGCUGGGCUUCCCAGGCCUUCCAUUCCAGCGGCAGAAUCGGAUGUUUCGUAAGGAUUACCAGAGGGGUCCUGACAAGAAGCGGGAACUGGACCAGGCAUCCUCAUCUCACGCACAAGGAGUUGAUGAGAAAAUUGAAAUCCCAGAAGGUACCCAGGCUGGGUCAGAACAGAACAAUUCCUCACCCACAGAACCAAAAAUGCCAGCAGAAUCCAUACUGGACACUGAGCCUGCAGCAAAGAGACUGAAGAGUAUGGAAGAAGUGCCCAUAGAGGAUGCUGCAGGCAGCCAGGAAGCAGAGGAGUCAAGCAUGGAAACCCAGGCAGAUGGACCAGACAGCAUGAGGGAGAAUACAACUGAAGAUGCCUCCAAGGAGAGAAGCUUCUCUGAGGAACUGAAAGCUCCAGAGGUGCUGAGUUCGGGGGGCUCGUUGAAAGUGACUAUCCAGCAGAGCAGUGAGAGCAGAGCUAUCAGCACCACAGCCCUGAAGCCAGGACAGUGGACCUGUGAGCUGGGCACGGCUGAUACCAGUCCUGAGUCUGUCCUUAAAUUCUUCUGUUACAUCUGCAAGACCAACUGCUGCAACCAGCAGAAUUUCCAAUCCCACAUGGCUGGAAUUCAGCACCAGCAGCGACUUGGGGAGAUUCAACACAUGAGUAAUGUCUGCUUUGUCUCACUGCUGCCCAUGGUGAAGGAGCAGACGUUGAUGGCUAAGAAAGAUGGAGAGACCCAGCAGCGAUGGUGUAACACCUGCCAGAUACACUUUACAGGGGAUCUAAUCAAACAUCGAAGGACUCAAGAACAUAAGCUGGCCAAACGCUCUCUCCGUCCCUUUUGCACUGUCUGCAGCCGCCACUUCAAGACCCCUCGCAAGUUUGUAGAGCACAUGAAGUCCCCUGAGCAUAAGCAGAAGGCUAAGGAGGUGAGGCUGGGCGAGAAGGAGCUAGGUGGGCCAGAAGACUCAGAGGAGCUAAUCACAGUUGAUGCUGUUGGCUGUUUUGAAGAUGACGAGGAGGAGGAGGACGAGGAGGAAGAAGGAAUUGGUGAAGAGGAAGGUUCUGAGGUGGUGCAGACAGAGAAUGAAGAUCCCAUCGCCACGCAGGUUGGGCUGAAGGAAAAGUCUCCGGUGGACUGUGAAGGAAAUGAGACAUACUGUCCAGAUACCCCCUAUGGCCUGGAUUUUCUGGUCCCCGUCGCAGGUUACCUCUGCAGGCUGUGUCACAAAUUCUACCAUAGUGACUCCGCUGCCCGGGUCACACACUGCAAGUCCCUGAUGCAUUUUGAGAACUUUCAGAGAUACAAGGCAGCAAGGCACCAUGCUACAGCAGCACACUUGGAGGCCUCUUUAUGCUCCCGUGGCUUGGGCUUCCAGUCAUCGGAUGAGCAGCUGCAGCCACCUGCUAAAACAGAGGAUGAAGCUGAGACAAUGAAUACCCAUCAUGGCAUGGGAGAGGAAGAUACAGAAUUAUUGGCAUUAAAAGAACAAACCUCUAGGUCUCUAGAGAAUAAGAGUGAGCUGGGCCCCUCUGUGAGAAGGGGUGAAAGCCCAACCAGUGAGACUGAUAUAUGUGGAGCCCUGGUCAUAGAGGAGGAAGGAAGUCAGGAUGAGGGUAGCAAGUCCCCCACCACUAGUGAAGACUGCCUGCUCCUAGAUGAAGACAGUGCCACAGUGGAGUUGCUGGGACACAGUAUGUGUAAGGAAGAGGAAAGUGAUGAAACCAGACAAAGGGAUGGUACAGACAGACCCCAGUACCCAGUGAGCGAAGGGGAUUCUGAACAGGAGGCAGCAAGCAUCAGAGAGAAAGAGGCAGACACCUGCUCUCCAGCCAAAGGAGAAGCAGCCAAUCUAACCCCAGCAGGGCGUAGACGCUCUGGCAGACGCAAACCCAGAUAGAACAGCUUUAAAGGGAGAGCCCGUUGCAUACAAUAUUUGCUGGAAAUGUUUAUUUUCGGAUUCUUUUAAUAGAGCAAAAACCUUCCACUUUACUGCUGUUUUUAUUUUAAAAAUAAAGCCUGGCUUUAGCGUGUU